AUGGGCUGCUCCAGAUGGAAAAUAAAAGGUAGUGUCUUUGUCUCUGCUAUAUCGGGGGGGCUCUUUCUUUUCAGAUUCAUUGCAAAAGAAGACUUCAUUUACAUUAUGUCCGAUUCAUGGUCUUACGGCAAACACUGCUUAUCUCUCUCCAAGUGGAAGUCGGGGUUUGAUCCUAGUGCAUACCUCCUCAGACUGGCACCAAUAUUGAUCAGACUCCCUGGCCUCCCUCUGGAGUUCUGGGAUGACACCACUUUUAGAUGGACUGGCAACUCUUUUGGUCAAUUCGUUGCUGCUAACAAUGUGACAAUGCAGAAGUCUAGACUAGUUUAUGUUCGCCUAUGUGUGAAUGUGGCUAUUAACAACUCCCUCCCUAACUUCAAAGCUCUUAAAUCCAAAUGGGGCAAAUGGACGCAGGCUAUUGUCUACGAGAAUGCCUCCCUUUAUUGUCAAAGGUGUGGAAAACAUGGUCAUGUUAUAGCUGAUUGCUUGGCCCCUCCGCCUCCAAAGGAAAAACUGAAGGAGAAGUUGUCAUCCUCGGGUAUUGUUAAUGUGGAGGCAGCUAAAAAUGUUAGCCCCCCCCCCCAACCCCCAAGUUAUUCACAAUAUUGA